AUGAAGUUCACUACUGCCAUCACAACUGCCAUCCUAGCAACUGGUGCCUUUGCAGCACCAAGACCAGGCCUUGUUGAGCGAUUGCAGUCCCGCGGCGUCCUUUCCCGCCAGUCUGCCCCGGCUGACAAGGCCGGCGCUGACCAUCCCCUCGAGGAAAAGGGCGUCCUCGAGAAGGGCGGCCAUGACGGUGCCCAAGUCCAGUACAGUAACAACUGGGCCGGUAUUGUGCGGGAGAACCCUCCUGCCAGCGCCACUUAUACCGCCGUCUCGGCCACAUUCACGGUCCCCAACCCCACUGCCACCGACAACUCGGGCAACAUGCAAGCUGCCUCAGCAUGGGUGGGUAUCGACGGUGACACCUAUACCAAUGCCAUCUUGCAGACCGGCGUGGACUGCUACAUCCAGGAUGGUCAAAAGUCAUAUGAUGCCUGGUAUGAGUGGUUCCCCAACAGUGCGCAGAACUUUGACCUCGAUCUCACUGCUGGGGAUGUGAUCGUUGCCACGGUCCAGUCGAGUUCUCCCAGCGAGGGCGUUGCCAUGAUUGAAAACAAGUCUACCGGUCAAAAGGUGACCAAGUCUCUUUCUGCACCUUCUUCUACUGCCACCCUGGGUGGCCAGAAUGCGGAGUGGAUUGUGGAGGACUUCAACUCGGGAAAUGCCAUGGUGCCUCUGGUCAACUUCGGCAAGGUCACCUUCACGGGCGCCCAGGCUGAGGCUGACGGCGAGGACUACGGCGUCCAGAGCAGUGCUCAGGUUCUGGACAUUCAACAGAACGGCAAGAUCCUGGCUAAGACCACCGUCUUGAGCGACACUGAGUUCUCUGUUGCUUACAGCGGGUAA